AUGCUGGUGACAAAUUUUACGACGAGGAGAAUAUUAAUUGACAACAGAAGUUCGGCAGACAUCCUAUUCUGGGAUACAUUCAGCAAGAUAGGAAUCGAUGCGGAUCAACUGAAACCAGCACCAACUACGUUAAAAGGGUUCACUGGAGACACGAUACAGCCAAUGGGGUCCAUUACAUUGCCAGUAUCUAUAGGCACAGACCCUCAUAUUGCCACAACGAUGAUUGAGUUUUUAGUAGUGAGAACUCGGUCAACAUAUAAUGCAAUCAUUGGGCGACCCACAUUGAAUGCUUUGGAGGCUAUUACCUCGACCUAUCAUCUAAAAAUAAAGUUCCUGACAAAAGCUGGAAUAGGCGAGGUACGUGGCGAACAGGUCCUAGCCAGAGAAUGUUAUGUGCAGGAGCUCAAAUCAGGGCAAGGAGAAGUCAGCAUGGUGGACACUAAGGAGGAGGCAAUCUUCCCGUCAGCACCCCAAAAAUGA